UCUUGUCGCCAGCGCUGCGGCCGGCGGGGCGAGCCCGGGGCGGCGCGGGCGGGGCGGGCCCGCGCUCCGGGCGGCGGCGGCGGCGACGGCGGCCGGGCCCGCGCCAUGAGCAUCGAGACGCUGCUGGAGGCGGCGCGGUUCCUGGAGUGGCAGGCGCAGCAGCAGCAGACCGCACGUGAGGAGAAUGAGAAGCAUGAGAAGCUCUGCCUGGAGAGGGAGCAGGAGCAGAAGAAGGCGGGCAAGGCCAGCGUGCCACGGGCCAACAGCACCCUAUCCCCAGAGGAGCCCCGGAGCGAACUGCUGGUGCCCAUCUCCCCCCCGGGCCCAGUGCCCCUGCCACCCCCGCCCCUGGCAGCUCCCAUUUCAGUCAUUCCCAUCCCCGUUGUCACCAGUUCCCCCCAGCAAGCAGCCCAGACCGCCCUGUCGCCGCCGCUCGUGCAGCGCCACCAGCCCCUCUUAAGCACUCCCAGCGUCCCCAAGGAAGCGCCGUCGGUGGCACCGGUGAUCCAGCGGCCGCCGGGCCCGCACCUGCCGGACGGGAAGGCGGCCACGCCGCCCUCGGGCAGCCCCAAGCAGCUCCCGCACUACGCGGCGCCGGUGCUGGCCAUCUCCCAGCACCAUGUGGUGCCGCAGCCCAUCCAGCCCCUGCAGCACCCGGCAGCGCCCGCGCCCCUCGGCGCCCUGAAGCUGGCGCCGGCCGACGACAUGAAACCCAUCGAGCUCAAGAAGAGAAUUGGAGGGGUUGGGACCAGGGAAGUACAUAAUAAAUUGGAGAAGAACAGACGUGCACAUUUGAAAGAAUGCUUUGAGACAUUAAAGCGCAACAUCCCCAACGUAGAUGACAAGAAGACCUCAAACCUCAGCGUCCUCAGGAGUGCCUUGCGAUACAUCCAGACUUUAAAGAGGAAGGAAAAAGAAUAUGAGCACGAGAUGGAGCGGCUGGCGAGGGAGAAGAUCGCUACGCAGCAGCGGCUGGCAGAACUGAAGAACGAGCUGAGCCAGUGGAUGGAUGUUCUGGAGAUUGACAGAAUUAUUCGACAGACAGUUCAGCCAGAGGAUGACCAGGCAUCUACCUCGACAGCAUCAGAGGGUGAAGACAACAUGGAUGAAGAUAUGGAAGAUGACAGGCCAGUGAACUCAUUACCAAAACUCACCCAGCGCCAGCACCCAGAGCUGCUGAAAGCCGUCCCGCCCAGUGCUGCUCCCCCCCUGCCCGCGGUCCUGCCCCCACACGUGUCCAUCCAGCAGAAGCCCCAAGCCCAGCCCUCGCUGCAGACGCAGGCGCUGGUCCCGCCGCAGGCCAUCGUCCCUGCACAGACUCACAUCGUGGCGGCCUCGACCGUGCAAUCGACUGUUAUCGCCCACACGGCCACCACCCACGCCUCGGUCAUCCAGACUGUCAACCACGUCAUUCAGGGGCCACAGACCAAGCACAUUGCUCACAUUGCACCUUCCACAUCCAGCCCCGUGCAACUCACCACUGCUGCUCAGCCCAUCGGCCACAUCACUGUGCACCCGGCCACCAUCAACCACAUGGCCCACCUGGGCCCACAGCUGCCCAUCUACCCCCAGCCCGUGGCCGUCAGCCAGCCCGUGGUGAGCCACAUCGCUCACACCAUCUCGCACCAGCAAGUGAACGGCACGGCGGGCCUGGGCCAGCCGGCCGUGAUGGCCAAGCCGGCCGUGGGCACCCAGGUUGUCCAUCACCCGCAGCUGGUGGGGCAGACGGUCCUAAACCCCGUGACUAUGGUGACCAUGCCGUCGUUCCCGGUGAGCACGCUGAAGCUGGCCUAGAGAGGACGGUGCACCGGCGAGGUCUUUGUUGGGAACCUUUCCUAAGGAAACUCCGUACAUUCCAACCACGCCUGGCUCGGCGGGACAAGGCGCGGAACGCCGAGGGCGGCGGGGCCAGCCUGUCCCCGGUGCCCGGGCUAUCCCCAUGCCCGGGCUGUCCCCGGUGCCCGGCCUGUCCCCGGUGCCCGGGCUGUCCUGGUCCCCAGGCUGUCCCGGUGCUCCGGCUGUCCCGGUGCCCGGACUGUCCCCACGCCCGGCCUGCCACCAGGACAGCGCCGCGCCGCGCUCGGGGCCGUGCCGCUGAGAGACUUCAAAGACAGUUGUUCAUGGUGAUUUUUUUUCCUUUUAUGUGUAAUGAGUGAACUAUGGAUAUGAUGUUCUUAAGACUUUAAUUUUGCCCUCUUAUGUGUUGCUUCUUUGUAGAAUAAAAAUUGCUGAUCUCUUUAUUGAGACAUUGCGUAGAAUGGGGAAAAAAAAUCAUAGAAGUCUAUAUUUAUAUAUAUGUGUGUAUGUGUGUGUAUAUAUAUAUGUAUAUACAUAUAUAUAUAAAUAUAACAUUUGAAGGCCUUUUGUAAGGUUGAUUAUUUUGCAGGAUUAUGAAACAAAAUUCAUUUUUGGAGGAAGAAGCCAGAGUGUCCUCUCUAAACAAGAAACUAUAAGAUAGAUGGUUUGGUGGACCAGAGUACAGUGACAAAAAACCCCCAACAACAAACCACGAGUCAAACCAUGUUAAAGGUAUUUCCCAUCAAUAUAUUACAUUUCAAAAACCAUCUAAAAUCACUGUGACUUGUUAUGGCAUUUUAAGGAAAUUCUCUGUCCUGUCUAAUAAAAGGAAAAAGAAUACACGACCAGACUUGA